CGGGAACAAGUUGCUGGGCUAGUUCAGAGCCUGCGCGGUGGGUGGGUCCCGAGGUUGAGGUCGCAGUUGUGGCCACUGGAGGGAAAGGGAAAAGGGAAGAGGAAAAGGAAGGCGGGGCAGGGAGGCUGCCCGAACCCGGAAGUGGGUAGAUGCUCAGAGAGAGCGCGCUUGUAGUGAAGCUCGGUGGCGAAGAGGCUGCGGAGGAGCUCCGAGGAGGCGACCAUGAAACCCUUCCUCAUACCUCUCCAAGGGUUACCCAAGAUCGAAGCUAGUUUUCCUUUUUAAGUCUCUUGAGACACUUAUGAAGCUUCUUGUCUUGAAAUUGCAUUAUUGCAAUGAAGAAAAGGAGAAAGGUUACUGCAAAUUUUGACGAGAAGAUCCAUCUAGGCUAUCAUAAAGACUCUUCUGAUGGAAAUAGUGCAGCGGAUAGUGACCAGGUGACCUUUAGUCAUUCUAUAGAAGGAUCUGCUCCUGAAGAUCUUCAGUGUUAUCAGCAGCUUCCUCCAUCACCAGAUCAGAGAAAGCUUCUGAGUUCUUUGCAGUAUAAUAAGAAUUUGCUGAAAUAUUUAAAUGAUGAUAGACAGAAGCAACCAUCUUUCUGUGACUUACUCAUAAUUGUAGAAGGCAAGGAAUUCAGUGCACACAAAGUUGUUGUUGCUGUUGGCAGUAGUUAUUUUCAUGCUUGUUUGAGCAAAAAUCCAAGCACAGAUGUUGUCACUCUGGAUCAUGUAACACAUUCUGUUUUUCAGCAUUUGCUUGAAUUUCUCUACACCUCAGAAUUUUUUGUGUAUAAAAAUGAAAUACCUCUAGUUUUAGAGGCUGCAAAGUUUCUGGACAUUAUAGAUGCAGUUAAACUGCUAAAUAAUGAAAAUAAUUCUAAUUUUCCUUCUGAAAUAACUGAAAAGGCAUCACCAGCAGAAACGCUAAGUGAAUUGGCUGGCAGAUUAUCUAAUAGUCACCAGUGCAAAUUCUGCAGUAGAAAUUUUUGUUAUAAGAAGUCUCUAGAGAAUCAUUUGACCAAAACCCAUAGAUCCCUAUUAAUAGGGAAAAAACAUGGGUUAAAAAUGCUGGAAAGGGGUUUUUCAGCAAGGAGAUCAACAAGGAAUAGAAAGUGCCCUGUAAAGUUUGAUGAGGACAGUGAUAAUGACAAUGAAAGUGAUGAAAUAGACAAUUUGGAUAAAGACAAUUUGGAUAAGGUCACUUUUGAUACAGAAAAGUCAGAUAAAAAUGACUCUGAGGAUGCUGGAAGUGAGUACAAUGCAGAUGCAGAAGCACAGGAGGAAGAGAUCUCAGAUGAUUACUCUGAGGGGGAAGAGCAAAGUGACAAAGAACAUAAUAAUACAGAAGAGGAUCCUGAAAUUGCUGAUUCUGCAGGAAAUAUUCAUGAAGGGUUAACUCCAGUGGUCAUUCAGAACAGUAACAAAAAAAUACUGCAGUGUCCUAAGUGUGAUAAAACAUUUGACCGAAUAGGAAAGUAUGAAAGUCACACCCGUGUUCACACAGGUGAGAAGCCUUUUGAGUGUGACAUUUGUCAUCAGCGUUAUUCAACAAAAUCUAACCUAACUGUUCACAGAAAGAAGCACAGUAAUGAAACAGAAUUUCAUAAAAAGGAACAUAAAUGCCCUUACUGUAAUAAACUUCAUGCGAGCAAGAAGACUCUAGCCAAACAUGUUAAAAGAUUUCAUCCUGAGAAUGCACAAGAAUUUAUUUCCAUCAAGAAGACUAAGAGUGAAAGUUGGAAAUGUGAUAUUUGUAAGAAGUCAUUUACUCGAAGACCACACUUAGAGGAACAUAUGAUACUUCAUUCUCAAGACAAACCCUUUAAGUGCACCUAUUGUGAAGAGCAUUUCAAAUCACGAUUUGCAAGACUAAAGCACCAAGAAAAGUUCCACCUGGGUCCAUUUCCAUGUGAUAUCUGUGGUCGCCAGUUUAAUGACACUGGAAAUCUGAAACGACACAUAGAAUGUACUCAUGGUGGAAAGAGAAAAUGGACUUGUUUCAUCUGUGGAAAAUCAGUAAGAGAAAGAACUACCUUAAAAGAACAUCUGAGGAUUCAUAGUGGUGAAAAACCUCAUCUCUGUAGUAUUUGUGGACAGAGUUUUCGCCAUGGGAGCUCAUAUAGACUUCAUUUGCGAGUCCAUCAUGAUGAUAAGAGAUAUGAAUGUGAUGAAUGUGGAAAAACAUUUAUUCGUCAUGAUCAUCUUACAAAACAUAAAAAAAUACAUUCAGGUGAAAAAGCUCAUCAAUGUGAAGAAUGUGGAAAAUGUUUUGGCCGAAGGGAUCAUCUCACUGUUCAUUAUAAAAGUGUUCACCUUGGUGAGAAAGUGUGGCAAAAAUAUAAAGCAACAUUUCACCAGUGUGAUGUUUGUAAGAAAAUUUUUAAAGGCAAAUCAAGUCUGGAAAUGCAUUUUAGGACACAUUCAGGUGAAAAGCCCUACAAAUGUCAAAUUUGCAAUCAGUCUUUCAGAAUUAAGAAAACUUUAACAAAACACAUGGUUAUUCAUUCUGAUGCUCGACCCUUCAACUGUCAGCAUUGUAAUGCCACAUUUAAACGGAAGGACAAGUUGAAAUACCACAUUGACCAUGUGCAUGGAAUAAAAUCUCCAGAUGAACCACUAACUUCUUCUGAGGAGAAACUUGUAUCCUUACCAAUGGAGUACCCUCCUGAUGGGAAAGGUUACCAAACAGAAACUAAACAGUACAUGGACCAGCCCAAAUAUCAAUCAGAAUCUAAAACAAUGUUACCAAAUGUUCCUAAUGAAGUCUGUGUUCCAGUAACAUUGGUUCCAGUCCAGAUGCCAGAUACUCAGAAUGAUCUGGUGCGCCAUACCACUGCACUUCCACCACCCUCCCAGGGCAUCCUUUCUACACAGCCACAGCCAACAGAUUAUCCACGAACAACAGAUUUAGCAUUUCUGGAAAAAUAUACUCUCACUCCUCAGCCUACAAACAUAGUUCAUCCAGUUCGUCCUGAACAAAUGCUUGACCCUAGAGAUCAGUCUUACCUUGGAACGUUACUAGGUCUUGAUAACACUACAGCUGUGCAAAAUAUUGCUAAUAAUGAACGUCACUCAUGAUCAGGCCUAACAUUCCACAAAAUUUUAGUGGCUAUAUGCUGAUUGCAAGCAGUAGCUGAUAGCUAUUAAAUUAAUAGGGCUACUAUAGUUUGCAUUUUCUCUGACCUCCAAAAUUCUGUGUAUAGUUUAAGAUCAAAGAAACAUUAUGUGGACAUAUUUUGAUGCAUUAUAUUUAAAGUGUAUAUCUUAUAAUUUUUAAAUAUUUUAAAAUCUUUUGAGAUCUUAAUUUUUAAUAGUUUCUUAGAUAUAGUUUUUUAGAUAUUCACUUAAAGGAAUUUUUAGAUAUAUUUUUGGUUAUGAUUGUUUUUCAUUUUCAUCUCAUCCUUACUUUCCUCUUCAUUUCCCUCCUCUAGCCCCCAAGUGAAAAAAUUAAUUUUAAUACAAGCCUUUAAAAAAAAACAAAUGAAUGUACUGGAAGCUAUCAGCUGUUUUUGUUCCAGCUUGAAAUUAACAUGAUCUUGCCCCAAAUGCAUGUUUUUCUUAUUAGUAUCAUGCACCUAAGUUUCCUUAAAAAAUGCUUAAAAGCUUCUUUUGGCUUUCAUAGUUUUAUUAUUUCUAGCCAGCGUUUCCCAUUGGUCUUUUUUGACAGGCUGAAAGUAAAAAGUAGACUGACACUGUAUGGUCAGGUAGCAAGGUAACGUGUGACAAUAGAAACAUACCUCAGUUAUCCAAGAUGAAAAAAUAUAGAAAGAAAAAACAUUCUAUGUCUAGAAUUUUUCUUUUAUAAUUAAAUUUAUUUUUUAGAUUUUAGCACUUAAUGCCUCUACUUUAUUUCUGACUUUUAUCUUCAUUUCUUAAAGGUUUGGAUAACAAAAAAAAUUUCCCUUAUUAGGAGUAGAUAAGACACCUUUGGAGGAGCAUGAUGUUAUAAUGGAAAGAACAACAGUUUGGCAGUUAGAGCCUGAGUUCUAAUUCUGGCUCUACUACUCAGUACUUCAGUACUAGCUUUAUGACUUCUGUUGAAAGAAUAAUGUAUGGGCAGCUCUGACCCUUAGUUUCCUGAUCUGCAAAACUGUGUUUAGGUAGGUGGGUGGAGUUCGGGAGAGGUUUGAGGUUAGCUAGAUGAUCUCUAAGAUCUCUUCAUGUUAUCCUGUCAUUCUACUAAUCUUGGAUAAUUGAGGCUCUGAUAAGUAGAUUAAUAAGAUUUUUCAUGUUUAAUCAAUAGAAAAAGAACUAAGAUAAACCCUAAAAUUUAUGGUCAAGUCUACUGAAUGUUGUUUUCACCUCAUUAAAGGCAAAGAAAAAUAUCACUUGUACGUCAUAAUUCACAUUUUUUAAAGUUUUUUUCAUUUUAAUUCCUUUAUGCCUAGUAUCCAUUACUAUUAUCUUAUUGAGAAAUAAGGAGUGAGGAAAUACCAGUUGUAGUACCAUCUUUACUUAAAAUACUUUACUGUUUCAAAAUAAUUGAUGGAGUAGGGAGCCAAGAUAAGUUGGUGAAGCUUGAAUUACAGAAUAUUUUUAAAGUAAUACAGUUCUAUUACUUUCAAGUAGGUAUAGAAACUUCAAUUAGGUUAACAAAAUGUUGUCUUGGGGAAAUUUCUUUAAUGAAUAGGUAAAAUGUGUAAGUGUAUAGGUAAGAGGAGGCUGCAUCCGUUAUUAGUGAAGAAUUUUUGAAGGAAAGUGGCAUAAAGGAUUUCAUAAGAGGAACUAGAUGAAUCCCCAGAAGGAAUGAUGAACUGGUUAUGUAGUGAGAACAAACAAUAUGGGUCACCAGCAAGAGGUUGAGAGAUUUUUAAUUGGUAUAGUAUUUAUAUAUAAAUUUAAGUGUUUGAGACUACUUGAAAAAAUUUUAGUACUGAAAAAAUUUUUCUCAUCAGUCUUAUAGUAAUGACUUGCUAGUAAACAUGCCAGAUCUUGCAUACGUCAUAAAUAAAAUGGAAUUUUAAAGGUUUCCUCACACUAGAAGGGCCAACGACAUUUCUUUAGUGAAAUACUUGAAAAAUUGAGGUAUUUUACCAGGAUGUUCAUAAAUAGAUGUGCCUACCUAUGAAGAUUAUGCUAAAACAAUAGAGAAAACAGAAAACCAAAACACUGCCCUUCCCUUUCUUACCCCCUACUCCCAAAUUUUCUUUCAUCAGGGUUUGGUAAUAAUUAAAUUAGAUCAUUUUUAUUCAUCCCAUUUUUUAAAACCUUAUUUUUAACAAUGGGAACAAAUUUGCAUUGAGAAUUGGAUAAUUGAAGUACUUUCAGUCUUCAAAGUUAAAUUAUAAAGUCACAAUAACAGAUAUUUUUUAUUUUAACUAAAACUGUUAAUGCCACAGAAACAAAUUACAUCUAUAGAUCUCUCCUUAAUUUGUAAACAUUUAAGGUUUUAGGUGAUUUUUAAAUUUUAUGUAACAAAAGACUUUUUUUUUUUGCUUUACAAAAUUUUUGCAACAGGGUUCUUCUUUAGUGACUUUCCUAAAUGCUUUACAAAAUUUUUGGUUUACAGUAAUUUUAUUUAUAUAAAACUUGUUUUGCAGUGCAUACAUGGUGCAAAUUGAAGUACAUCUCCAGAAUUUUGUGAAAUUAUCUUUUAUUUGUACAGUACUUUACAAUUAAUAGUUAUUUACAUUUGUCUCGCUUAAUAAUCUUAAUACAUUAUCUCACUUAAUUAUCACAAAGCUCUAUAAUAUAGUUAGGACAAUUAUACAUGCUGCCUUUUUUUUUUCUCUUAAGAAAAUGGACACAGAUAAGUGAAAGCUUUUGUCUAGUGGCAGAACAAGAAACCAUGUAUUGUGAUGCCUUCUCUGAUUGGUUCUCUUUUCACUGUACCAUUUAAAGACAUUAUCUCUUUUGUUGCCUCUUAUUCCCCAGAGUUCUAAGGAAUCCAAAAAUUAUUGAAAGCCUUACAAAUUUGGGCAAACUGAACAGAAAGGUGCUUUAAGAUGAUUUCAUGGCACAGAAGAAAUGCAGUGAAGCUUGCAUUUGUCAGCUGUACUAUUGUUUCAGAUAUUUGGAGAGUCUUUAGAAAAACAAUAAAUUAAAUAUAACAUUGUUAGUGUAACCAUGUCAAAAUUUUUUACUUAUACAACUGAAAUGUGCAUUCCAGGAACACAACUUAGCCUUUAAAUUCAUUUAUUCAUCUAAGGAAAAUUAGCACUUAAUUAGCACCAUAAAUUAACUUUUAUCAAAUGGAAAAAAUUGUCAGCCUAGUUGAUUCUAUCUUUAAAACACCAAAGAUCCUAAUAGAUAUUAAAUAGGAUGGAGAUAAUUUAAGUUCUACAUUGUUUGAGUAAGGACUUGUCCAAAGAAGCACAGUUGAAGUCCUAGUUUACUUUUUUAAAUAUUCAGUAUCAGUAGUGAGCAUUAUUAUGAAGUGUGUCUGUUUAUAUGUAUGUAUUCUAUGAAAAUAAGAGCAGAAGAUACUUUAGGGAUAUACACACACAAGCGAACAUACUCUGUAAAAUAUAUCAAGUAAGAAUGAUUAGAGUUUAAUUCAAGUAAUUAAAAGUCAUCUUUUAAAUGGACACUAUCAAAUGCUGUUCUAUAUUCCACUGAUGGAAAAUAUUUCCUUUUGCAAUUAUUUUAAAAUUUCAAUUGAAGCAAUUUUAUAGAAUAAAAUUAGGGAUUAAAUUUGUGGGUUGUCUUUAAGCUAAAAAAAUUUAGCAAGGUUGGUAACCAGUAAAUUAAAAGAUCUUUUCUUAGAAGUUAUUGAGAUGUUUAAUUCUGAAUUAAAAGGUAGAUUUUUUUAGAAUAAGCCUGAGUGAUUUUUUAAAUCAAUGCAUUCUUCAUUGCUUUCUUUCUUAGUAGAUAGAGAAUCAGAAAUGAUAGGAAGACUUUAGUUCAAAUUCUGCCUCUGACCCAUACUGGCAUGUGACCUUGAACAUAUCAGUUACCUCUCACUGUCCUAGACAACUUAAGACUAUAGUUUGCAGAACAGUUGUGGAUCUACAUUGGUAGAGGGAGUUUUUUCACUGGAAGUUCUUCACAGUCCCCAUGGGGAAUUUCUUCUGAAGUCACAAGUUUAAACCAAAACAUUGACAAAUCAUAAAAUUGGUAUAUUUUUUAUCAAUCUGAGAAAGCUUCUUAAUAUCACUAUGAUGUGGAUAUUUAAUAGUGAUGAUUUAUAGUAACCUGGCAUUUAUAAAUUGAUAAAGAGCUAGAGUAUAAGCAACCUUGGUUUUCACAGAAUUGACAAAAAAACUACACAAUUAUACUACUGAGUAUAUACUAUUUAUAAGCUUGUUCUUUCUUGCCACCAAAUUAUUGAAUGUUACUUUUAGUAGAAGUUAUAUUUUGUGUAUAUGCUCUUUGAUAGUGUCCUUUUAAAUCUGAUCUUUUCUUGAUUAAUUGCUAUGUGCCUUUUUGUGUAUUAUAGUUGUUGAAUGUUCCUUCUGGUUGAUAGAUUGUACUGGUGGAUACAAAAUAUAUGAGUUGUAUAUCAAUAUUGUUAUAUUUUAGUGAUGUUCUGUUUUGUCUGCCGGUCAGGCAAUGGUUUUUUGCAAUUAUUUGAGGUUUAUGUAGGUAGAGUGGCACCAAGUGCUAAUAUUAAAAUUCAUUUUUAUGAUUUCAAUGUCAUAAUUUCUAUCUUUAUUUUAGCCUUUAUAAGUACAGUGUAUCUACCUACUAGGCAUAUCUCUCAAAGGCAAUCUUCUAAAUAAGAGAAGUCAUUUUUAGUUCAUCAGAUGGUCUGUUUGUCUUAACUAAAUAGUUCUGAACUUAGCACCUAUCCUACAUACCAUCUUGAUGUAACUGAAAUGGAAAAGGGAGUUAUGUUAGGAAAUCAGUGGGGCUUUUUUUGAUGUAGCAAUAUUCAUCCCAUCAGUCAUACAACUUGAGUUACUGAGCUCAGGAAAAGAUACAAAUCUGUGGAAAAGCCAGUGUCUAAAUUAUUUUAUGAUUAGUGCCAAAUUUUAAAUCUUUCUAAAAAUCUCAGUGUUCAGGAAAUGAAGCUUUUUUCAAAAAUAGAAACAUUUUUAAAAAUUGCUUGUUUCUUAAACUGAAUCAUAGUUUGUGGGAAUUGUGCACAUAUACUGCCAAGUAUAGAAAUUCUUAUAUUCUCAUCUUUUUAAUACAUAUUUUUCAUUUAUGUCUUGGCAUACAUGGUUUUUUUAAGUGAGCUUUUUAUUGUAAAAUAAUAAGUAUAUUCUCUGCUUUUCCUUAUUUAGAAAUUUAGAAGCAAUAGAAAUAAAGUUGGGUUAUAUGGAAGCUAGGUAGUUUGGUAGAGGUAAACAAAAUGAUGUAUGGUGGCUUCAGCUAAUACAAAUCCAAAAAAAAUUUAAGAUCACAUUCAGUAGACAAUACUAGUAGAUGUUAAUCCCUUCAUUUAUUUACAGAAAGAGAAAUUAUGGAUUAUGUUCAGAGCCAAGAAGAAUUGAAAAUAUUUGUUAUAGCUACAAAAUUUAUGUUUGUUUUUUUCUCUUAAAAGUAAUCUGUUUUCAGGUCUAUGAACAUUUCUUGGGAAGCAUGUUAAAUGGAAUUUUAAAUUUUACUUAAAUUGAUUCUGGAACAUUUUUUGAGUGCAAGACACAAACAUAUCUGAUAAUUUCUCCCUGCUUGCUUAAAUAGACAAAUACUGUGAUGUAGUCAUAGACCUAGUUUUAUCCUCCAGUAAUUGAAUGGGUAUUUUUUUUUUUAUGGUUAUAAAGUAUAGGAACUGGUGAAUACUACUGCCAAACAAAGAGUAUAGAGGUAUACCUGAGUUUAACUACCCUGAUUCCUUAUUUUAUUGUGAAUGUUCUGGGAAAAGGGAUUUAUGAUUUGCAUUAAAGUAAAAAAUAAUUGAUAAUUUCUAAUUUAAUUUGCAAGGCCACAUCAUAAACUGUUUAGAAUUCACUUAAAACUUUUUUUUAAAAUAAAGAGGCAAAGUCAAAUUAUAAGACAUCUAAAGCUGCUGUUUUGUCAACUAUGUAAAACAUCUUGUGAAUUUUGUAGAUAUUUAGAUUGUCUUAUGUUAAGUAUCUUUAGCAAAAAUUACUUGCCUUUCUCUGAAGAAUAGGAAUUAAUUCUCUGAAGAAUAUUGUAAUUUAAAUCAGUCCUUUGUUUUACUUUGAAAUUUAAAAUAAAUUUGGGAUUUUUUUAUCCUAA